AUGGCAUCUGCUGGCCUCCCUAAACCACGAAUACCCACUCCUCCAGAAUACCCACUCCUCCAGAAUACCCACUCUCCAGAAUACCCACUCCUCCAGAAUACCCACUCCUCCAGAAUACCCACUCCCACAGAAUACUCCACUCUCUCCAGAAUACUCCACCUCCCCAGAAUACCCACUCCUCCAGAAUACCCACUCCUCCAGACACACUCCCCAGAAUACCAACCCCCAGAAUACCCACUCCUCCAGAAUACCCACCCCCCAGAAUACUCCACUCCUCCAGAAUACCCACUCCUCCAGAAUAACACUCCUCCAGAAUACCCACUCUCCAGAAUACUCCCACCCCCCCAGAAUACCCACUCCUCCAGAAUACCCAAUUUCCAGAAUACCCACCCCCAGAAUACCCACUCCCCCCAGAAUACCCACCCCCAGAAUACCUGCACCCCCCAGAAUACCCACCUCCAGAAUACCCACUCCUCCAGAAUACCCACUCCUCCAGAAUACUCACUCCUCCAGAAUACCCCACCACCCCCAGAAUACCCACUCCCUCCAGAAUACCCACCCCCAGAAUACCCACUCCUCCAGAAUACCCACUCCUCCAGAAUACCCACUCCUCCAGAAUACCCACUCCUCCAGAAUAUCCACUCCUCCAGAAUACCCACUCCUCCAGAAUACCCACUCCUCCAGAAUACCCACUCCCCCAGAAUACCCACUCCUCCAGAAUACCCACUCCUCCAGAAUACCCACUCCUCCAGAAUACCCCACAUCCUCGGCUAUUAUUAA